AUGAGAAGCUGCCCCUCCCGCUCCGGUCCCCAGCGCACACCCGACGGGGCUCACGUCGGACUUCGCGGGGCAGACGGGGCAGACAGCCCUGUGAAGCCUGAAGAGAUGGACUGGUCCGAGCUAUACCCAGAGUUCUUCACUCCACUGACUCAAAAUAAGAGCCACGAUGACCCAAAGGAUAAGAAAGAAAAGAGAGCUCAGGCCCAAGUGGAGUUUGCAGACAUAGGCUGUGGCUAUGGUGGCCUGUUAGUGGAACUGUCACCGUUGUUCCCGGACACACUGAUUUUGGGUCUGGAGAUCCGGGUGAAAGUCUCAGACUAUGUACAAGACCGGAUUCGGGCCCUUCGAGCAGCUCCUGGAGGUGGCUUCCAGAACAUCGCCUGUCUCCGUAGCAAUGCCAUGAAACACCUUCCUAACUUCUUCCGCAAGGGCCAGCUGACAAAGAUGUUCUUCCUCUUCCCUGACCCACAUUUCAAGCGGACGAAGCACAAGUGGCGAAUCAUCAGUCCCACACUGCUGGCAGAAUAUGCCUACGUGCUUAGAGUCGGGGGGCUCGUAUACACCAUAACUGAUGUGCUGGAGCUACAUGACUGGAUGUGCGCCCACUUUGAAAGGCACCCCCUUUUUGAGCGCGUGCCCCUGGAGGAACUGAGUGAAGACCCCAUUGUGGGACAUCUGGGCACCUCAACUGAGGAAGGAAAGAAAGUCUUACGCAACGGAGGCAAGAAUUUCCCAGCCAUCUUCCGAAGAAUACAGGAUCCCACCCUUCAGCCAGUGACCCCCAGUCCCACCCCUCUUGGCCACUGACAGCCUACUUUGCCUUAGCUUGACCACAGGACCUUCCUAGCUGAGACUGCCAGGGCCAAGAGGGGACAAUUUUUCAAAGAAGUUGGGAGAACUUCCCAAGCCAGAAGCCUGAGAUUGACAACUGACCUCUCAUCUUCUUGCCUGUCUACCACCAACAGAAAGCAAAAGAAGCUAACUGGGAAGGUCAAAAGACCUUGGACCAGAAGGGAUGUUUGGAAGGGUGUGGGGUCUUGCUCUUCCUUAGCACUCCCUUCUUCUGGGAUCUCUCCUUCUCAGCGAAAGUGAGGAAUGCAGUUCUCCACUAUCCAUCUAAACAGCUUGCUAGACUCAAAAAAAAAAAAA